GUCAUACUGAAACUGCUUUUCGAAAAAACGUGCGGAUUUCUAGGUGAUAUAUUUGGAUUCUAUAAUAUAUCAUGGGUGGCCAGGGCAAGACCAUCAACAGGAAGCGCAAGUUUGUGGGCCGCAAGGCGGACGAUCCGGAGUUCGAUCUGGACAAGAAGCAGUUCAAGGUGCUCCAUCUGAAUGCCACCGAAAAGCGGCUGAUAAUCGUUUUGGAGGGAGCCCAACUGGAGACGGUGAAGGUACACAACACCUUCGAGCUGCUCAAUUGCGACGAUCAUGCGGGGAUAAUGCGCAAAAACCAAAGGGAUCCCGGCUCCUGUCGCCCGGACAUCACCCACCAGUGCCUCUUGAUGCUCUUCGACUCGCCCCUGAACCGCGCCGGUCUGCUGCAGGUCUUCGUGCGCACGGAGCACAAUGUGCUGAUCGAAAUCAAUCCGCAGACCCGCAUUCCCAGGACCUUCAAGAGAUUCGCUGGUCUGAUGGUCCAACUGCUGCACAAGUUCCAGAUUCGCGCCAAUGACUCCUCCCGCCGACUGAUGAGUGUGAUCAAGAAUCCCAUUACGGAUCACGUGCCAGUCGGCUGCAAGAAGUACGCCAUGAGCUUCUCCGGCAAACUGGUGGCCAAUUGCCGGGAUCUGGUGCCGCAUGGCGAGGAGGGCAGCGAAAAGUACGACGAACCCGUGGUCAUUGUCAUCGGAGCCUUUGCCCACGGCGUCCUCAAGACGGACUACACCGAGGAGCUGUUCUCCAUCAGCAACUACCCCCUGUCGGCGGCCAUCGCGUGCUCCAAACUCUGCUCCGCCUUCGAGGAGGUGUGGGGCGUGGUCUAGGCCCGCUGAUUAUUGUCCUAUAGUUUAGUCAUAGCUAGUAGUUAGUCUACCAUAUAUUCUUUAAAUUGGUUUAUAUAAAAUUUUGUGGAAUUUUAA